AGAAUAAUCACUGAAUAGAAUUGGUUGAAAUGUCUCAUAUUUUAUAUCUUGCUGCUGAGAUGAAUAUCUUGAAUCAAAACAUUCAGAUUUGACAAGCAUCAUAAAAUAGAUCUUUAUGAGAUAAGUUAGUUUAGUAUUUCAAUUUACCUUACAUAAAUGUUGUUGCUGUUACAUAAAAGAAAACAAGAUGUAUCAUGAUAUUUUACAAAAUUGUGUUGAUAAUAGUGCUCAACAUUCAAUUGCUAUUUUGGAGCAACCUGAACUUGACUUAAAAGAAAAUUGUAUACUUCAAAAUGUUCUAGCUAAAACCAGUUUGCAUAAUAUAACUUCUAAAGAAUAUGUAAAAGUUAAAAAAGUAAUUCGUAAGAAUAUUUCAAUUAAGCAGCGUAAACAAUACUGGUUGUUGUUUUCAGGUGGAUUAGAGGUUUUAAAAAACACUCCUAAUUUGUAUAAAAAAACUUGUGAGAACCUACUUGGACAGAGUCAUUUCCAUUAUAAUCUUGAAAAGCUAGCAACUAAUUCUCACUUUUUAACUUCUGCUGGAUGUUACUCAUUAUGCAAAAUACUUUAUGUCAUUACUAACUUGAAUCCAAAUAUUGUCUAUUGUCCAAUGUUAGAACCAAUUGCUACUGUAAUGCUUCAUUUUAUGAAUGAGGAAGACACUUUCGCCUGUUUAACUGGUAUAUUGAGCAAAAAUGUACUUGAUGAGACCAAAUCUGAAAACACAGCCACUGACUGCACAAUGCAAGAUCUUCUAAAAUUAAUGGAUAAAAAGAUUUUCAACAGACUUGAGUCUUUCCUUUCUCCUUGCAUUAAGGGGACUAAACUGGUUAUGUUUCCAUCUUUAAAAAAAAUGCUGUUUGAUCGACUAUCAUUCGCUAAUUUGGUUAGAGUUGUUGAUUGUUUUCUGAUUGAAGGACCAAAGGUAUUUUAUCGUAUGGGAUUGUACUUGUUAACGCUAUUUCAUUCUUAUUCGCUGACUUUUAACCAGCUUAUGUGUUUUUCUCCACAAGAUCUUGUUACUACUAUUGUUCAAUUUGUGCAAUCACUCAAAAUUGAUCCAGAAGUUUUUGUGAAGGAUAUUCUUAAAGUGAAAAUAACCUCCAAUCAAAUUGCUCAUUUAAAAAGUUUAAACUUGAAAAUGUGUAAAGCACAUGCACUUGAAUUUCCAGGAGUAAUAUUUACGCAUCAAAUAGUAGCAUUGGACAUUAGAGAAGUUUCUGACAUAGUUGAACCCUUUCAGUGGCAAAAGCUAUGUGAAUGGCUUCCAGACAGAAUUCAAAUCAAAAAACCGCAUCUUAUUUUUUCAACUAGCAAUGAUGGAUACAAUUUGAAAACACUUUACUUAAAAUGUGAAGAAGAAGAACAAACUUUGUUGAUUAUUAAAACAACAGAGGAAGAGGUAAUUGGUGCAUAUCUUUCAUCCUCAUUGAUAAAUCGAAACUUUGGUAAGAAAGCUAAUUAUUUUUUUGGCACUGGUGAAACUUUUGUAUUCAAACUUCUUCCUUUUGCAAUAUGUUAUCACUGGAAUAUGGCUGAAACUGAGCAUCAUAUAAGUCGCUACGUGUUUGUAAAGAAACAACUUUCGGAUAAUGAUGAUCUUUCUAUAAAUAAACAUAGUGAAUCUUCAAAACAAUCUCUAAAGCGCAGCUUAUCUCACAAGUAUGAUGAAACUUCUAGGCAACGUUCAUUAAGUCGCACAUUUUCAACACGAUCAGAUGAAUUUUCAAAGCGCUCUAUUAAGCGUAAUUUGUCAAAUAAAUCUAAUAAAGACGAGCCUUUAAGGCAUACAUUGAUACAAAAUUUAUCUAAUAAGUUUAUGCACAGAGGUUCUAACCAUGAUGUUUUUAGCAUUGAAAAUAAAAUUCAGACUGGAUCAACUUCUUGCCUACAAGACGGGUUAAUACCCUUGGCAGCAUCUUUGCCAAGAAACAUGCAUUUUGGGGGAGAUGAAUAUUCAAGUCCAUUAAUUGCUUAUGACACAUUAGAUGUGACUGAUUCAUUUAAUAAUAAAAAUAAUCUUAAAAAGAUAAAAAAUCCAACAAAUGAUAAGCAAGAAAAAGAUAAUGCAAUUUCAGCAAUAGCUAUUAACCAAUCCAGGAACAUUAAGUAUCCACAAGAUAGUUAUGUUAUUUUAGAUGAUGAAACCACAAACCAGAAACAAAAUGAAAUAGAGCAUGUAAAGAAGACUGGUUUGGCUGAGCUUUUCAUUUCCUGUGAUAACAAACAACUAAUUAUUGGAGGAGGCAACGGCGAAGCCAUAAUGAUUGAUGGCGAUUUGCUGAAAGGGAGGUCAACAUGGUGCCAAACAUUUUGUAAUGCUCCUUUAAUAAGUAGUGAGCUUGGAGAUUUUACUAUUCAACGUAUUGAUGUUUUUGGAUUCAAGGAAGUUUAAAGUGAUUGCUUUAUUAAAUGUGUUAAAUUAUAAUAGUAAAUAUUAAUAUAAUGGAAAUAUUAUAUUAAUAUUACGGAUAUCUACGGGAGAUGAUUACUGAAACAAACGUUUUAAAACUCAUAAUUUGAGCGCAAUAAAAGCAUAUUUUUUUACAAAAUGUUACAUGUUAAAUAGUAUAAAUAAUUAUCAAAAAUAUAAGUCAAAGUAUUUUUAAAAGUGUUAGAAUAUAAAACCAAAACAGAUUUUUUAUUUAAAAUUUUUUGUUUAAAUUUUUUUAAUGUCACAGUAAAUAGAGGAUUGUGUAAAUAAAGCAUAGGUAUAUAGAAAAUUAGGUUUUAUUAAUUUUACUCCUCUCUCCCCCCCCCUCCUUCCCUAUUUGACAUGUUAACUAUACUUCAGUUAAUAAAAUAGUUAAGCGAAAAAUAAAAAUUUGUUUGAUUAUUUUGGUACCAAUCUCCUCUAUUUAUUUGACGGAUUUGUUAUAAAUAU